AUGGUUGAAAGAAAACUCUUUAUUCUCGAAUCCUAUUACCAGCGAGGCAGCAAUGAACAGAAGUGGCGCAUCAUCAAUUCCGAGGGAUUGAGCUGGCGAGAAGACAUUGACCAAUACACUUUUGUGAAGCCUUCAAUCUGCAGAAUUGGCGUGGUCGUCGAGGUCACCAGGGUUCAGUCACUGCUCCAGUCUUCUGGCGACACAUGGGACUUUCUCGGGGUCCUCAGCAAGGGUCCAAAACUUGAUAUCUUGAAGAACGAUGGUGAACGAUACAGAAAAGCCAUCCUUGAGAAGGUCUCAAGCCAACAACAUCUCUGCAGCAAUUGCGGCAUGCCAUGCACCCACAAUCCACCUCCUCAACGCGUCCGAUCCGCCGAUGAAAGCUCGGUGCAUAUUAACACAGUCCAGAAGGCACGUGUACCUUAG